AUGAGUAAGGACCAUCAACAAAAACUCAAUCCAGCAGCAGCUUCACCAACUACAAAUUUACCACUCACUACUCCAACAGAUUCACCAACGACGACUAUUUUACCAGUAACAACAGUUUCACCAGUAACUAUUUCACCAGCAACAAUAGCUCAACCAAUCAGACUUAGAAUUUAUAGCAGAUAUGAUAAACAAUAUCAACUUAAUAAACAAUUAAAAAAUAAUAAAAAUACUAUUGUUAAUAAUGUUAAAAUAAUUGAAAGAGUUGAUUCAAUUAAAGAAGCAGUUCAAAAUGACAAUAAAAAAUCACUAAAAGUUGAUAAUGAAACAAUUGAUGUAACUUCUCAAUCAUAUUCAUAUUCUUCUUCGUCUGCAAUAAUUACACGUCAUAAUCAUUAUGGAAUGAAAUAUCCACAAAACAUGGCGGGAUUGGCGAAAGAAAUUUUAAACGAACUAAUUGAUGAAUGCAUUGUUGAUAUAAUGCUUGAAGAGUAUAAAAAUUUUAAAAAUCCACAACUUAUUAAAACUGAUAAAAUCGACAAUCCAUUCAUUUUAUUGGAUAGACCAGGAUUUGAUAUAUUCGGACAAGAAAUACAAGCCUUGAAAUCCACCAAAUUAAUGUUGAAUUGCAAUAGGUGUAAUCUAAAAUAUCCUUAUAAGGUUUAUGCUAGACAUUUUUCCAAAUGUUUAGGAUUAACUAGAUCUAGAAAAUCAAAUAAUUCAUUAUCAUCAGCUUCAUUAUUUUCAUUUAAACGAUCUUCGAGUGCUCCUCCAUCAUUUGAUACUGAUAGAUUACAAGAUUUAGAGGAAUAUUCUAGUAUUUAUCAUGAAAGAAGUG